AUUUCGUCGUCUGCAUUAAAGGCCAAGUGACAGCUCGAACUAUAUUGUUGACAUUCGUAUGAAAAUUACGCUACCGCGUCGUACUUACGAAAAAUGUAAUUUUAUAUAUUAUUAAGAUCGAGAUAUACAAGUGGACUUUCUCUUUUUUUUUCACUGAUAUAAAAACUUUAAUUAAACGAUAUUGGUGAAUUGUGUAUACAUAAGAAGGAAACUCUGAAUUAAAUGAUAAUCGGUGUUUGAGGAGUAUAAUUACAUUGGGCUAAUAGAUUUGAAGCGCUUAGCGAUUACGAUUAAAGUGGUACCUAUAAACCCUUCGAGCUGUUCCAUAUUGAUUAGUAUCUUUUAGUAGUUCUAACAAUGACUGCUUAUUGGAAAACUCUGUUCAAGCACCGUCGUAAACGUUGUUCUCAGUAGUACGUUCUCGACAGUGAACGAUAAAGUGCGUGCGUAAAAGUGAAUCAAUCCGUAUGGUAUUACGCGCAGUUACUACGGCGUCACUUUCUAAAAAGAAAAUAUUAAUUUUUUUUAACGAUAAUCAAUUUUUUUAACGGUCUUGAUGUAUAUUGAUAAAUCCGUGUAAAAACGUUGCCAUUAAGGGUGUCCAUGGUGUUUUUGCAUCCGAUUUCACGCCCCUCUCGUGAAAUAGGAAAAUAGAAACUGACGAUUGUUUUCGCGAAUUAGGAUUAUCGUUGGUGACUAGUUUAGCGAUUGAUCUGUUCGGUAUUUCAUUAAAGAUUCGAGGUCCAGUGAGGGGGAAUCGAUCAGUGGUCCCGGGUGUAUGUGGUAACGGAAACAACGCGAUCGAUUCGAAUCGGCGAAAUUGUAAAAACGUGGUGAAACGAACAAAGAGAAAGACGGUUUCGGAAUGACCUGUGGCGGUGGCAAGAUCUCGUUAGAAAUAUCGGGCGGGGAGGAGGAGGCAUGGAAGCUGAAACUGGUCGGCAGUCUCACCAUCAGGGGCUGCAGCUUACCCUGCCAUCCCCGGGAAUCCCCGGACUAGACGUUGUCAGGGCCUUGCAUCAGACUGUGAUAUCGCUGCGCUCCGCGUUGGAUUCUUCGCGGGAAGAGCUUCGCCGUCUUAAGCAGAGCGUUGGUGAUUUUUCUGGCGAGAGCUACGUUGACGUCGUCGAGAGGCUCGCUCUUGAGAAUCACGUCCUUAGGCGAAAGAUUCUAAGCAGGAAUAGUGAGUUUUCUAGUGAUGCUGCCACAAGCCCGCCGCCCCAGGCCCGUCUUUUUUCACUCGCAGUAGAAGACGUCAAAGAUCUGUCAGAGCAAGCAGGCGUACUCAUGGACGCGUCCAGGGACAAAGUCGACACGGAGGACAUGGCAGAGGCACCUAAGCCGGUCAUCGAGCCUCGUCUCGAUAGCAACACCAGUGGUAACGGCGAGAUUCCCGAUCUGCAGACUCGUACGGUCGAGAAAGUGCCUAACAGUCAUGUAGAAUCCUCGUCCAAAUCGGAAUCCAGGAAUCAGAUGUCGAAGUGUACGAUGUCGAGAGACGCGACUGUUGUUAAAUCUCAGGCUGGAAUAUCUGGUGUCAGUUUGGACGAUACGGUGAAGGGUGGGACUUCGAACGAUCUGGCUUCCGCCUUGACGAAUAGACGAUCCAAGGACGUCGAGGCGGAGGAUGGGAACGCGGCGCAGGUCGAUCACUUGGAGGUGCCAGAGAAGGAUCUCGAGGAUCUGAGCUUGAAAUCUGUUUCCGACGGAGACAAUUCGGUGUUCAGCGAUAAUCCGGACACGCAAGUGUUGCAGCAGCAUCAACGCCAGAAUCAAUUGGCCGACCAGCCGAAGCCGAACGACCAAUCCGAGAACGAGUCCGAGGAGUUGGACGAUAUCGAGCUGAUAUUCACCACGGACGAAACUUGUCGCGAUCUUGGUCUUCAGGAAGAUCUCGUCUCCAUAACCGAGACCGAAACUUGGCCACAGUCUGCGCCUACUGGUCAACCGGCAUUGUCGAAGUACGCUAAAUCAGCCGAGAGCGAGUCCUUGGUGUGCAAUGGUGAGAAGACCAGCUCCGUCGAGGAAGCGGUUUCUUCGCAGAGCUCGAGCAUCGAUCGCGAGGAAAGCGUGGAUAGGUUCGACGAAAGUUCCAGCACCAGGUUGAACAAAAUAUGGUCUCAGUGCUCGGUGCUGGUCGAAACAGAUAUCAGCAAGUGUGGAGUUGUCGAAGAACCUGAGCAUGCUACCAGACACGCGGUCAGAAGGAACACUUUAGCCGCGCCACCUACUGCAUACAGACCGAUCAUUCAUCGCGAAGCUUUAGCGGGUAGUCGACGAAAGAGCGCGGCACCAUUGAGACCGGUGAUGGACAGAAUCAGCGGAGCAAGACGAGAGUCUGGUGCCCAAACUGACAUUUCUGCGCUUCCAGCCCAUUGGCGUUCCGAGAGUUAUCUCGCGCACAAAGUGGCUCAUACGUUCACCACGUUGCCCAGCAAGUUCGCUCUGCCUACCGGGGUGCCUGGAAGACUUCGAUUGUCCGACAAAACCCGGGAAGCUAGAAGAGUAAUGCUAUCGGACAUCAGCUUCACUAGCAUGGUGCCAGAGUUGUCCAGAAGCGCCGAUCAUCUCUGCCACGACCCACACGCACAGACUUGUUUCAGUUCUCGCGGCUGUGGCCUUCGAACACCGGACGUGCAUCGCCGCGAAUCGCUCGGCUCUCCUGCAGGAUUUUGGCCUCGUUGCAACCCCAGCACAGGACUACCGAGUCCGUGCGAUUGCCGCCUCUCCACCGACUUUUACUCCUCUCGAUAUCGUGGCUCUUUGUCUUCGAUCCCGUCGCCUGGAUUGGAGGUUGUCGGUGGCCCGUCUCGAAGACACUCGUGGAGAGCAACCGCGACGUCCUUCGAUACCUGGAGAGUUCCGGUGGCCACUUCUACCCCCAGACCAACCUGGUCCUCUAUGCCCUCUUCGCCUACACACGUGCAUCCUCCUGCGACGUCCUCGAAAGCUUCUAAGAGCGUUCCAAAGAGAACGCGAUCGAAGGUCACUUUCCAAGAAUGCCCGAUGACGCGAGGCAGUCUGCCAAAUCUGCGCUCGGAUUUGGUGACCGGCGAUAACAGCGGCGAUUCGACCGAAUCGUUGAUCGACGAGGCUGAGGAUUAUUUACGACGGAGCAUCGACUCGAUGCUGACGAUCUCCAGUAGCGGCGUCAGUUCCGAUUAUUGGAACCGACAGACAGCCAGGCGGAGACGUACGCGGCGAUACUCCGAGCCUGAUCUAAUCCGCGAUUGGCAUCCCCCGCAGGAUGCUAGACCGUACCUGCCAAAGAUACCAAGAGAUCUCAAGCUGGAUCAUCUCGUGAAGGUUAUAUCGCCGGAAGGUAAAGUUCUUCAAGGACGAGUGAGAUACGUCGGACCUGUACCAGGUCGAGAGGAAACACACGUAGGUGUGGAGUUACCCUAUUUGAAUGGCUCCUCCGACGGCACUUUUCACGGCAGAAGAUUCUUCGAUUGCGAUCCUGGCCGUGCAAUCUUCGUUCCCUUCAAGAAAGUGAUCCUGGCCUGGUGCACUACUUGACCCGAACCGCCGACCAGCCUCACGACUCCCCGAAUUUUGCUGUCUCAGUACACCAUGUGAAUGGAAGAAGAAAACGAUGAAACACGUACGUACGCGCGAUCUCUGAUGGUUUCAACAAGUACGUGACGCUCCUUUCCGUCGUGAUCAUCCACGAAGCUUCACUUAACGUACAAAAGCGGAGAAGGGUAAGUUCACGUGAGAAGGAGACGCUUCGAAAGCUUCGCGAAGGGACGUUUGACGGUGGUCGAUACGGCCGACGUACGUCGCAAACUCCAAACAACGAUCGGAAUUCGAAUCGUGUAUUUCGUCGACUUUAAGCUGAUUCGUGCGAAAUUCCAUCCGAAUUCCUUCUUUUCUCCGAUCGUGCGAAGUACGUUCGAUCGCAUCGGGAAACGGACCUCGUUUCCUCGCCGGUACCUUAAUACGGAGAAAGGUGUUUCCAUCGAUAAUCGAUGGUCGUUCGCGUUGGUGUAACGAUUAAGACGAGAAGAGUUUCCGUUCUUUGAAACUCGAAAAUGAAGAGUCGAUGGGAACGACAGAUAAAAUAAUAAUAAACGAUAAAUGCCAGCGUGCAACGAUCUUCAUCGACGCGUGUACUUAGGAGAUGUUCUAGAUAUCUCGUUGCCGAUCUCUGCGAACGAUUUCCGCCUGAAAAUCGGUGAAUCAGUAUUAUAAUUGUCGCGCGGACCUGUAUGUUACAAACCGCGUGUAUCGUCGAACAGAUGCACAAGAAGAUAAUCGAUGGAUCUCUCGCGAUACUACUAUCCGUUCGUGAACGAUUCGAACUGAUAGCAAAGGGAGUGAUAGAGCGAAAGGAAUAAAUUCUUAAGAAAAUAUUUAGAUUUAGGAAGGUUCGUCGUAAUACUAAUCUCUCGUCGUCGUAAUCGCAACGAAGGACUCGUUAUUGUCAUUUACGAUCGUGUUUACCUGUUUCGCUUUAUCGUCUUUUCUUCUUCUUAAACGAAUGCACGUACACUUUGCAGCGUGUGCGAUACGUUGAAAAGGAAAGAGAGGAAAACGCGUAUCCAAAGGAGAACACGUAACGCGAGUACGGUAGACAAAUACGAGACUAUUUUUAUAAUACUCUUUGAGAUCGUAAGAUUUUAAUUGAAGGGGGGUGGGGAGAAAUUUGCCGGAAGCGUUUUUUAAUUGUAGUUGUAGACUUGUUAAUACCACAUUGAUAAAAGGAAUACAUUUCUUUUAGGCUGGAACGAAACGGGAGAAACGGUAUAUAGGAAAAUAAACGAGAAUAUUUCAUAUUUGAUCGUUAGUUUCUUAACUUUACGUUCGCGAUGUCUAACGGUCAACGAAAAUAACUAAACAAGUGGAUAAUUAAGGAGAUAUUUUGGCCGGUAUAAUCGAUGAAAUUGUUUUCUACGGGAAAACUCGAAACGUUGUGAACUCGGACCGUUCAAUACGCGGCAGUCUACUUUCUGCAUUCGAUCGAUAUCGCGUAAAUGAUUCUUCAAGCCGUGUCGACUGCUUUUGAAUAAAUUUUGUGAUAAUUUUACGGAUAAACGUGAGAUCGUGUUCAUACCUUUAUCAACGUAUUUUUGCUUAAUCUUUUGCUCGAAAUUUAGAGCCGAAAGUCGAUUGUUUCUUAGACGAUUAAAAUUAAAGGAAAGCUCGUAAAGGUUCGUCUAUGGCAGAACGAAUUGCUGGAAUUUUUCUUAGAAGGACGAUCAGGUAAUUACGAAGGAUUCUCGCGAGAAAGUUCGAUAUAACAGAUUCUUCUACAUUUUAUAUACACGUUACGUUCGAUACUUAACGUUUACAGAGUUUCCCGUAACAGGCGAGAAGAAGGUGACGUGUGUCCGAGAAAAGAAAUCGAAAGGCUUCGAAUUCUUCUUUCUAAAAAUGCGGAUUUGGUAAAUAAACGGUCGAAUCGAUUGUUAUUUAUAUGUGAAGUAUAAGAAACACAUAUACACGCACAGAAAUCUAUUAUAAACAAUAUCAUAGUCCAAAAGAAAACGUACAUUCAAAGUCGAAGUUUUCACUGUACGCUGACAACAUCUUUCCCUGAUUCUCUACGACUAUCGAAAAAGAGAAAAAGGAAAAGAAAAGAUGAACCUCUAGAUCCAUCCUCGUCGUCCACCUUCGCUUCGCGAAUACCACGAAAUUCCUAGAAUAUCCAUGGAAUCAGUUUCAACGUGUUACUAUUUCACGUUCGUCCUGCCGAAUCAAUCUCCAGCAAAAUUACCUGCGUUCCUGUUUGAAGAACCGAACGAUCCUGGAAAAACGAUACUCGUUAAAUUCCACGUUGUCCGUGGAAUUUCGAAAUUUCAUUCCGUGCAUUUUUCCUCUCUUGUCGAUCUCGCAGUUCCAUUUCGACGUUCUUUAUUCUAUUACGAAAUUUCGCUCCUGCGUUCUCCGUACGAUUUUUCAAGCAGAAUCGACCCCGUUGCCUUCUCUCGACCAACGCAACGCCCGUUACGGGAAACUCUGCGCGUAGUACACCGUUGAACGCGCGUUACCGAAGUGACAAUAUCGAUUCCUCGCUGCGACUCGGCCCCAUGCAAAGUGAUAACGCCUCGACGACGAUGUUAAUGAAAACUAUCGGCGAAUCGACGUGUUCGCCGGCGACUGACGGCGCAAAAGGAUUCACGCGCGUCUCGAUCACGCGUGGAUCGCAGCAUCCACCGUCGCAGAUGUUCGCGUGAUCAUGCGAAACACUCUGCGUAUUCUACGCCAUCGCGUGUGUGUAUACUCGUUCGAAGAAAUAUAGUGCGUUGGAAAACUCGGCUGGAAAUUAACCGUCGAAACGUGUUUUGGGUAUUUGAGCGAAUUUGGCGCGAUUAUCAUUGUUCGAAGAAUGUAUAUACGUAGAAUAUGUAUAUAUACAUAUUAUAUACAUGUAUAUAUUGCAAUUGUAUCUUGCAGAGUGUUACAUCUUGCGAUUAGACCAAGCGCCCUGCCAAGUGCGCACAGUUUGUCAUUAGAAGUCUGACCGAGAAGAUAAUAAGAGAAGAAGGGAGCAGAAGUUGUUGGAAAUUGAACAUGGAAAUCGAGUAUGCACGCAUGCUCUCGCGCGGUUUUAUUAAGUCUAGGAAUAUCGUUGUACGAUUCGUGUUGUUGCUCGUGUUUACCGUACGUUGUACAAAGUGACCUAUGUAAUUGGAACGAGCGAGAAAGUGCUUCUUUCCUGGUCGUAGUUGCAACGAUGUUUUAUGAUCGUACGUCGUUCUCGUAUAGAAGCGUACGUAGUUUCCGUUUGCAAGGGGACAAUCGUCUCGUUAUUUCGUAUCGACGAAUAUGCUGAUAGACGAGCGAUCGAUUUCACGACGACGCUUUAAAUAGCGAUGUUUGUCGAAGAACCGUUUACCGAAACCGGAAAGCAACUCUACUCGUUCCAGUUUCAUGGACCGCUCGGUAUAACGAAGAAUAAUUAGCGAAAUAAGCGUUUCCUCGCUUAAGGACUAUUUCCUGUUAGCCCUCGACUGGCACCUUUGAGUCGUAAUUAGCCGCAACAAUUUCCAUUAACAAGGAAAAUUAAAAAGGAAACAAGAUACAACAACAAAAAAAAAAAAAGAAAAGAAUAAAAUCGAGUGAUCUUCCCAAAGUAAACGACUCAACGAUACCAGGAUCGAGGAUCAAUAUGCAAAAAUUGUUGGAAAUCAGUUUUUAUUCCAACGUAAUGGUGCUCCGUUACGCUCCUAUGAACGUACUGCGAAAAAUGUUCAACAUCGACGUCCUCGAGAAGGAAACUUCCUUGCAAGGACAUGGCGUACAAUAUUUUCGACUUGCGUUCUCGCGCGCAAUCAUCAUCCCCUUUCGGUUCAUCGACUUUCCACGAACCUCGACUUACGUUCGGUCGCCGAGAAGUUAAAGCUUCUAAUCGUGGAAUAGCGUCAACACGCUGACGUACGUCGAUGUAUCAGGUACGCCGUCGUUCGAGGGCUUUGGAUCCACGGCUGAGCUAUAUUUCUUCAAACUGGAGUACGUCUGUACGUGUGUGCAUAAUACGCUGGAAAGUGAGAAGGAGCAAGAGCGCGUAACAGACAGAGCGAGGAGGCGACAGCCGUUCGCGUCGUUGUUCGCGCCGUUGUUCCACGACGAUGUAAAGAGGACGUUGUGAAAAACGUAAGAAGAGGAUAAAAGAGGAAAGACAGAGAGGCUAUACACGUGUACAUUAUCGUCCGGCGGAGUUUUCAAGUAUUUAAGAGGCUAUAGGACACUCUGUACAAUCCGAGCUGUGUAUAUCUUAAUCGCUGUGCAUCCGUGGAGGAACAUAAUAUUUAAACGCGUGUCUGUAUUCCUGUAUCUGUAUAUCCGUGCAACAUGUAAACGGCAUGACAAACAGUUGCAGUACCGUUUUAACGAUUUUAAGCGAAAGCAAGUAUAAGCUGACACUAACUAACGGAGUUCUAGUUGUUAGACUUUUAAUCGAGCGUCUUCGUUCGAAGGGCUGUCUCAAGAUAUCGUUUUCGAACGCGUCGAGUUAAUCCAUCGACAGGCCGAAGCUUUCCGUUAACGGGACCUUUCAUUCUGCGAAUUUCUUACCAUCCGUCUAUCUAUUAUCGAAUUUCGUCUUUGGACAUUGAACGAAAGGGAAUUACGAUUUUGCCAAGUUCCAACUUUAAUUCGUUCUCUUGAUUGAUUUCCCACUUGUUGUCGGUUGUCCUGGUCGUUGAUGGAUUAACGACGCGUCUUUCUCGCGCUCCGGGCGAACAGAUUCGUCUGGCCAUCGACGAUGAAUCCGCGAAUCGCGUUCGGAUCGAACGACAGAGGCGAGUCGAUCGCGAGAGCAACUUUGUACGGCGACUGGCGAAGAUCGAGCUCGACGUAGAAUUUUAUUUCGUUGAAGGUGGAUCAAUCGGGUCGUUGCUUAUGCCAAAUAAUUUUUUUACGAAACGUAUCGACGGAUGUGUCGUUGCAAAACUCGCCGAGUAUUACAACCACGAUACAAGGGGUAUCUUCGAGUUUCGAAUCCGAUUUCGCUCGCAGAUGGAAGCGCAGCGGCGUGAAUCUCGUUUGGCCUUCGUUGUUUAUCUUGCUCUUCAACUCGAAGCCCGGAAAAAGACCGGUGGAAAGUUAUUUUUAUAUCCUGACAGUAUUCGUCGUCGGCAUAUCCGACUCGUUGCAUAUUCAUCGAAUCUGCGUGGUAUACUGCUCGCCCGUGAGACUGUUCGCGGUUGCCUGUCAUAAUUUGAGAUAAUAACAGUAAUAGAAUCAAGGACAAACAUCGGCCGUAAUCCGCUAUUAACGUCUCGAUCGCCAGGAAACGCAAGUUACUCAACUGGAAUUGCAUUUUACCGUGAAAGAGGAAAAAAGGCGCCGCACUUACCGCGAGGAAUCGUCGCUGUACGUGAGACUCGCUGGUUAAUGGGAAAAACCAUCGAUAUUGAAGGUUGUCUAGUACCUGCAUCCUUAUCUUCUAUUAAAUCCCGAGAUCUGGAUAAUUUUAUGACGUUAAAAUAUUUAGAAUAUCGAAAAAUCUUCGCAAAAAAAAAAGAAGGAAAAAAAUAGAAUUUUUCGAAAGUCUCCUCGCAGUAUUCGAUCGAUUUGUCCUCUGUUUACUCGAAGAAAGAUAGAAAUAAGUGAUCUACGUUGUUCCAAUGUCUGAAAAUCUUCGUCCUACGAUAUUCAACCUCGUUUGUUUAUGUACGCCACAGUUUUUUCUUUCUUUUUUGAGUUGCGAACACGUGGAACGAUUUAUUUCGAAGUUUUGGAUCUCGGCACGUACGCGUAUCGUUUACCCUACGUCAAGUCGAGCCGUAGGAAUCGAUGUUCGCGGUUUACGAGGCUAGCAAGCGUUAGAACUUUAGAAACGUAACGACAGAUGAUAAUUUUCUAUCGUUUUCGAUUUUCACUUAACGCCAUCGUCGACUUUAAGAUAGCAAGCCCUAAAAACGACAAACUGAAUCGAUUUCACGCUUUUAGCUGAUCAUAGACGGUUGUAUCUGCGUUGCUCGUUCGUACGAAUUUUAUUUUCUAUUUGGAUGUAUUUUACGAUCAAUUCUCAUUAAGAAUUACAAGUCAAUUAUUCUGGCGUGCUACUAUAACGUGAAUAAUAAGUAAUUAUCGUGUGUUUGAUUCUAGCCGAAUCUAAUGUAAUCUAACGUAAUUAAUGUAAUCUAAUGUAAUUUAAAUCUAGAGGGUAGUAUCCUUUUAGCCUGAUCCAUUUGAUCCAUCGUGUCAAGUAAUUGAGUAACUAAUGGCUUUCAGUGGUUGUUAACUCUUAUAUCGUAUCUAUUACUAAAUUUGGAUAUUUCUUCUUUAACUGUAGGUAUCUUAAGGUCGCGAUGUAUUGUUUCGUCGGUAACAUACCAAGGUGCAUGUAUUAAGAAUCUUGGAGUUUUUCGUCGUUCGUACGAAUGAAACGCGAUCGUUCGUUCUGAUGUGUUUUAUGCACGUGUGUCCAACAAUGAGCAUACCAGAUGUGUCGUGUUAACAACUCUCUGCGUUAUGAUCCUCUUCGUUCGAGUAUAUGCGUAUCGUUAGCCUUAAUUUCUCGAUACUUGAAUGGUACGUUGAAAUCGGAACGAUCUGUGCUCAGCACAUGUACGACUUAAUAAUGUGAAAAGCAAAGUCAGAGUUAAUCCUUUGACUACGGCAGGCUUUGAGACGGAGAAAUUUUUUGUUACGCGCAGAUUACGAGAAAAUACAUUGAAACAGUUAAAACACUGAAUUCUACCAUAUUAAAACAAUAUUAUUUAUUCACGCGUAUUCUCGUUUGUUCGCUAGUUUCCAGAGAAUCGGAACACGAAUCAUUUGUUGUUUCGUGUUCGCGUUGCGUGUUCCUCUGACCUUCUUAUUAUCCCAAUUAUUCGUUUCAAGGAUAUAGGAAAGAAUAACUGUAAAAUAAACGUAUUUAAAUAACGUAUGACUAACAAUUGUCGAAUUACUUACGUCUGGUUCGAACCAGAUUCGCUGGAAUUAUAGUCGAUAAAAUUUUUUCAACGCGUUUAGGUGCCAACAGUAGCCAAAGGAUUAAAGAGUCGAGCUUCGGUCGAACGUUAUUCGUCGUUCGUAAUUCACACGACGAACGUGACUCGAUGUAACAAGGCGAAGGACUAGAAAGUAAUUAAGAAAAGUGCAUUCACAGUUUUUCUCCGCGUCUAAUUUUACAAAUUAACUUCGGAAGCGAUAGACUCUCGCGAUACAUUUUCUUUCAUUUUUCUCGUCGACAGACGCGUCGCGCUUUAUCACAAUUUUUACGCAUCGUUCGAUUUUUAACCGGAUGGGGAGAAAGAACGCGAAAGAAGAAAACGACCGCGAUAACGCCAAGCUUUAUCGCUAGUAUUAUUGCGGUAUAUUAUCAACGAGGCAAAAAGCCGUGCAAUUAAUUCCGCUCAAUCUUUGCUUCGCAACACCUGCCACGAGCCGCACGGUUUCAACGUCCGGCAACAACUUCGUGGAUACAAUAUCUGUCUCGCGUGACUGCAGGUAAAUUUAGUUAUGUUAUGCGAGUCGAUACUAUCUAACUGUACGUAAUAUCUUUUGUUCGAAAGAAGGAUGGAAAAGUUUGGGAAACCUACACUUUUUCCUUUUUCUUCCUCUUAUCCAUCCCCGCGUUGGUCUUCGAGGCGAUUAAAGCGGUACGAUGUUAAACGCAAACGGAAACUUGCUCUUUAUUCCGAAAGUUACAUAAUUGAAUUCCUUUGGCUUGAAAAUUUGAAAAGUUACCUUACGCGAAUGCAAUUGAAUUUAACUUUCGAGAAGCUACACGUCCACGAAUUCCGACGGGAUUUUUCAAUUUUGAAACUUGCUCGCAUUUAGAAACCGCACGAAAAAUUCACGGCUUCCUCGUUGAAAAAUUCAAACUAGCCGUUGAAUUUAAGUUCCGAUGCGGACUCGGACCUAAUCUCAAAAAGUCCUCGAACAGAUAUCCUUCUCUUUCCCCUUUUUUCUUUGAUAAAAAUAAUCCACUUAACGCGAUCUUCCUAGAAUUUUUCGCGAAUAGGCAAACUUGUAAAAUACCUGUAAACCGAAAAAUCAUUGAAAAUCGCUUAGAUUGCCUUGUUGCGCGAAGCUGUUGCUCGUUAACGGUUGCUGGAACCAUCGAAUAGAGAAACAACCUUUUUCGGCUAUCGAGUCUCCUUGGGAUCGGUUUCGUCUUUAACGCGUCAAUUCUCACGACGUCGGUUCUAAUUAGAUCCGUCAAUAACGCCGCAUUGUAUCAUCGGUGAUCGACGACGCUGGAAUUGAUUAAAACGUUCGACCUCGUUUCGCUCUUCGGAUUAUCCUCGCUCGAGUCGUAUUUUUCUAUCGUUGAAAAAUUUCCCAAGGUAAAACGAGCGAACGAGUCGUCGUCGUUAGAGUACGCGUCACUUCGUACGCUAAUUUUACGCGCAAAUGUUUCCUACGCACGUUGAAAGUCGUUUGAAACUCAAAGUGAGAUCGAAGCGCGAAAGUCGUAGCCUGGCUAACGUUAAAAAUUAAUACAAACGAUGGUAAGGAAUGUUCAAUGCUUUGAAUUUCACGCGCGUACCGGUCGAAAGACAGAGAAUUUUCCGGCUCGGUCAACGCGUUAAAUCGCACUCGCACGACACACCUAAUAUGCUUAUGCGCAGCGCUGCGAGACGAACACGUGCAUCGGUGCCGUAUUUAAUCCCAUUUAAGUACAACAGUAACGCGUCCGACCGCGUGCACUUAAGCUUGUUAUUAUACAUUCGAUGCGACGUUACGUUCGCGAUCGUGCUCGAGAUACUUUUCUAUUCUCGUUCUCGAGACGCGCGGUUCUGCUCUAAGAGCGCGUCUCUCGAUACGACGACGUGCGCCGAUGCCUAGGAACGUAAACAUUUUCGUAGCUUUGUUCUCUUUCGUCGUAGAGAGUACACGCGAUGACACAACUAACUAUGGGAAAUUUCAAGACGCAGCUAUCGUAUAGCGCAGCUUCGUCGUAGCUUCGCGUCAAACUUUCCAUAGAAAAGAAAAGAGGAAAAGAGAGAGAAAAAAAAUGAGGAAAGUUACGAAAGGACCUGGUGUCUGGUAAUUAGCGAUCUUCGGUAACAAAUGUCUAUUUAGGUGCCAUUUCUUCGAUCGCGUUCGGGAAAAUGCGAACGUCGCGCGAACAUCCGCGGUCUAUUUAUCGCUGUAAUAUCGUUGGAUUCGCGUGAACGAGAGAUUUCAGCUUAUUUGCGUGUCAGGAUAAUUUCAAAUGUUGCUGGAUCGAAUCGGGAGCUACUUCAGCUUGUCAGACUCUGUUCUCGGAAGCUAAGCUUGAAGAUUGUUCGCGAAUUGAUCGUUCGUUGAAAAUACACAAAGUUUCGGUGUUUUAAAUGCUACUUUCCUAUGGAAAGCCAAGGCAGAUUCGUUUUUCUAAGAGACAAUUUUUCUAAGAGACAAAAAAGUACUUGAUUUUCCGAAACACGAUUUUACGUAGAAAUCGUACGAACAGUUGUUUCCUCGGAAUAUAAGAUUCCGGUGUUUUGUAGGAUACUUUCCUAUGGAAAGCCGAGGGGAAAGCUUUUUUCCUCCAAUAUCGAAGCUUCCCAUCUUUCUCAGUUUCAUUGGACGAUAUUUUUCUACUUAAAACAAAAAUCACCGACGUACGUUUAAGCAUCAGUCGUCGGAUGUGUUUUCGCGAUCGAUAUCGUUAGCAUUUUCGCAGCUACGCGUUUCUUCUUCUGUCCAGUUACUUCGCUUCAUCCCCUUUACGUUAGAAACCACGAGCGUGCAGAUCUUCGCUCCUCCGCUUGAAACACGAGGCAAACGCCGUUUAUUCUCCUUAAUCGGGCAAAUUCAAACACGAUCGCGCUUGUACGUAGCUUCGCGUUCGUUUCCGGAAUCAUCUUGUUACGCCUCAUGCUCAACGGUGACGAGUUUCUACAGCCUAUCGACCCUCGUCGUGUUUAUGACAUUGACGCGAGCGGGAUGAUUCGAGGUCAUCGACGAAAAUCAAUUCGCCGAUCUCUCGAUACCACGCCCUUGCGCGUUCCUCUCGACGAAUUCAAGCGGAUGGACCGGUCGUUGAAACGCGUCGCGCUUUUACGCAGCGGACGACAGUGUGACGUAGGAGACACGAGAAAUCACGAAAGCGAUAGAUCGCCGGUGAUCUUGUGACAUCAAGCGCGUGUUAAUCUACGCCAGAGAUAAGACAUCGACCCCCAAGCUUCAAACUCUUUUGUACACAUCACCACCUUAUCAUCAUAGCCUACACCGAGCCUAUGACACACCUUAAUCUCAUCGUAGAUAAAACAUCGACCCCUGACCUUCGCACAUCAAACUCUUUUGCACAUCAAAACCUACACCGAACCCCUCAACAUCCUCAAAGCAAAACGCAUAUAAGCCGAGACUUGAGCCAGCUCGAGCAGUUCUUGUUCAGUCUUUCUCUGAUUCAGUAUCAUUCUACCUGUGUAAAAUCAUUGCAAUCAUUGUAUUUACAAUAAGGUUCGAUAAAAGAAAGUUAAUAGCUGGGUUACGGCUCAACCUUCUAUUCUUUUAUAAUCGAAGUCUCAAGUUUACGUGACAAUCUCCUCGCGUCGCAGUUCGAACGUUUCACGAAUAAGGUGAAGAAAUUGAACUUUGUAUACGAUGAUAGAAUAUAUUAUGCAAAUCCAACAGAGUGACGGUUCAAAGUGUUGCAACAGAAUGAUUCAAAGUGUUACAAGAGACUGGGGCGAGCGCUUAUUUUGCAGGGUUUUUAUACUGAGGUUUUAGUCCCUUUGAAGGAGUUGUCGUCUGGUGUAUCUCAGAGGCGCCUGUUCCCUUACUAUUUGGUUAUCGUUUCGAUGGCUGUGGUAUGCAGGGUGUCUAGCCUAUCCUAUUGCUAUUUCUGAGCGGGUGGUCUUCUUCAGCGUGUGACAACAGCAAAGCGCGGAACGCGUUGUUUUCCUCCUACUUGUGUUCGUGCUUUUCUGUAACGCGCUUAAAAACGCGUUGUUUUCGUUACGCUCGGCGAGCCGUCGAUAAGUGGAAACGCGUUCGAAGCGAAUGAGGAGGCGUUUCGUGGCAAACAGAAGCGUUUUGCGAGCCGCGAUACAUUUAUGUAACGCCGCUGACGAGCCUACGCGGCAAGCGGAUAAUUUUUUUCGCGCGAGAUCGUUCGAUCGAACGCCGAGAGAACGUCGCGACGCGGAAACGUAAUUAACGCUCCGAUGAUCGCUGCUAGUGCAGACUGCCAUAAUCGUGCUUGGACAGGAAUCGCGGCAUAGAACAAGACGUAUAAAAAAAGUUUCCCCGAUGGAACGGGCAUCGAGAUGAACAUUUUCUUCUGUGCUCGUCGGUUAGCCAUCGAAGCUUCGAAUUUUGACAAUUUUUCGUCGAUCGAUACGGCCGUCGAUCAACCUCGUGUCGUUUUUCUUGCCGUAGCUACGUCAUCAGGUCAGGAGUUGUCUAAUCUCUGUUGUUUCGUAGAAUUGGAACAAUUAGGGAGCAAGAGUGAGUUUUGUAAAUCUUCUUCGUCAAAAAUUUAGCAUGGAAAAUUGCCAUUGACGUCGAUACGUAUCUGCCGUAUCGCGUAUUAUUUUGUUAAAUAAUUGAAAAACGUCUCGUUCAGGGUGAUGGAUGAUCCAUAGUGUUUGGGUUACACGAAACUGUACAAACUUGAGUAUAAAACGAUCGCGAACGAAGAAGGCGACGCGACGUCUUUUCUAGUAAAUGGGAUGGCGGAUUGCAGCGAGGUAUCUGAUGAUACGGAAUCGUCGAGAGCGACGAACGGCGUUCCUCGUCGACGGCGAUCGUUAAAUUAUUAAAUUGCUCGAGCGAAUAAAAAUGUUGUCGCGUUCGCACAAAAUUCAACUGUAUCGAUUAACUGAUAAGGUCUGAACGGAAAUAUACGCGGCGAAAGAGAGCAGAAGCUGGCGGAAUUUGCCGAGAGCAACGUUAAUCGCUAUUAAUUACGAUAAUUGCGUUUGCUUUUUAAGUAUUUCGAUGUAACGUUGGAUAGAGAUGGCGAAUAGAGAUGGAAAUGACGCGCUCGGAUUCGAUGAAACAUUUAUUAUCCUCCUCACGCUGUUGCGCGAAGUAUCAUCCCUAUCUCUUCUUCCUAUGAAAACAAUUCAUUUCCAAGCGAAUUAUAUUGCCUCGUAGAGGAGACCUUUCUGACGUUUAUCGUGGAAAGAAGAUCUCAACGAACAAUUACAGCGAACAUUUAUAACGUAAAUCGUGUCACGAGGAGACAGUAACAAUCAACCUUCUUCUUCUUCUUCUUUUUCUUCUUCCUAUUGAUAGAAACUUUCACCUGUUCCUCUUAGCUUAACGCGUAAUUCCGCUGCGAAGUAUCUUUUGUUCCAAUGUUACGAUUGCAAUUAGAGAGACCUUAAUUUAUCUAUGUUUUGUAACUUGUAAUCGUUUGAAUGCUCGCGAAUAUCCGCGAAUCGCGAGAACGCAAAUUUACUUGCAGCGCGCUGCAGAUAAAAGGAAGAGGAGCGACGAGAUCGCCAGGUCGACGAAGUCGUUGAUUCCUUGCGAAACGUAGCCGAUUAACGUCGCGUGUUGGAUCUUCGCUAGAUCCAUUGAAAUUUCAACGAGCGUGAAAAGAACGAGGGAAUACGAACGAGAUGGCGAAGGGAAGAGCGUGACGAGGAUAAUAACGAGCGGAUUCGAUCGAUCCUAUCGUUUCUUAGCCGUUUGCAGACGCCAGAUGGCCGCGAUAUAAUAUAUACAUACAUAUAUAGAUAUAUAGGUACUUAAGAAGAAUCGUGAUUCGUGAAAUUCGCCGGCUCGUUAAAUUGAAUUCCGCCUGGGAAUAGGAAUGAUGCUCGCCUCGACGAGAUUGUUAUCGUUGUACCUAAAAAACAGAGAGAGAGAGAGAGAGAGAGAGUGAGAGUGAGAGAAAGAGAGAGAGAGAGAGAAGAAACUAUAGAUAUUAACGUGAAAGAAGAGACACAAAGGACACGCACCGUCGUUCUCUCGCUAUUUAUCGUAUUGUAACGAUGGGUGUGAUCAUAUGCCGGAAAAUAAAACUAUUAUUACUCUAAA